UAUUUGCGAACACCGGUCCAUAAAUUUGUGAAAGCUUCGUAAUUCCUGAUCAUUGAGCGUCGGGAGCUUUCGCACCAUGGCUGGCACAAUGUUUACGCGCUGUGUGAGCAGGACAUUACUGUCAGGCGUCAGAGUCAGAGGGGCUCAGCGAUACUACUGGACAACUUUAAGAAGGACUACUGCUCUGACAGUAAAUGGUGGAAGAGCCGCUCUCCUCCUGGGGCUCCCUGCUCUCUCCUGUCUGGCUUACGGAGCUUAUCACAGGGUGCAGAGUUCAGCCGUCGUUCAUGCUUUAGAAAAAGAGGAGGUUUUGGAGCAGGCUGACUACCUGUAUAGCUGCGCAGAGACGGAGAAACUCUACCAGCUGCUCCUGCAGUACAAGGACAGUGAUAAUGCAGAGUUCCUGUGGAGGCUGGCCCGGGCCUCUCGUGACCUGUCCGUCCUGCCCGACAAGACGGCUGAACAGAAGAAGCAGCUGAUGUUUGAGGCCUUUGAAUAUGCAAAGAAGGCACUGGAGAAAGAUGACAACUGUUUCGCAGCACAUAAGUGGUAUGCAGUGUGUCUAAGCGAUGUUGGAGAUUAUGAGGGAGUCAAGGUGAAAAUUGGAAAUUCAUACAUCAUCAGGGAACAUCUAGAGAGAGCCAUCGAGCUCAACCCCAAAGAUGCCACUUCCUUACACAUUCUGGGUUACUGGUGCUUUGCUUUUGCUGAGCUGCCAUGGUAUCAACGCAAGGUUGCAGCUGUAAUUUUCUCAACACCACCUGAUUCCACAUAUGACGAGGCUUUGGAAUUCUUCCUGAAAGCUGAAGAAGUUGAUCCUAAUUUCUACAGCAAAAACCUGCUAAUGCUGGGGAAGACCUACAUGGCCAAGAAAGACGAUGUGAAUGCUCUACUGUGGCUGACCAAAGCAAAAGAUUACCCUGCUCACACACUGGAAGACAAAGAGGUCCAUAAAGAAGCUGUUGACCUCUUGAAGAAGCUAAGAUGAGCAUGUGGAGUAUGACGCCUUUCAGGACUUUUGGACUGUUAAUAAUUGCUAACAAAAUGUUUUCUCUUUAUGAUUUUAUAAUAUUAAUGCAGCAAUACUGUGAGUGGCCUUGGGCACAGAGACAAUGAGGACUGUCCAAUCAUUCAGCUUUUACUGAAUUUAAAACAAAAUGCAACUUUUAAUAAUGCAAUAGUAAACAUAAUCAUUCUCCAUGUAUCUACUUAUGUCUCCAUUCCUUUUGAGCUGACUUCUCUCUGACAAAUGGCUGAGUGGAGAGCAUUUCCUGGGAUAAAUGUUGGAAAAUACAUCUGGACAUUGUUGCUUUUUCUAGAAAGGUAGCAAAGAAAGUGACACACUUCCUGUUUUAAGGGGAAAAGAGUCAUAUUGUCAAUUACAUUUUUAAAACUUAACAUUGUUUUAAUGAAAUACUGUUUACUGUUUCAUUACCAAGUAAAUAUUCAGAUCAG